GGACUAAAAACCUUGCACCAAGGACUGGAAUCCAGUAGGAAAUAUGCUGUUACUUAAAUGUUCUUCUGUUAACAAGCCAGAUUCUCACCAGGGGAGAGGUAUAGUGAAAACGUCUGCAAUAUGGAGUUUGAUUCACUGGGGGAAAAGGACAUCUGAGGCAAGGGAAACCAGAUUAGGUAAGCCCUGCUGCAGAUAGUAACCUAAAGGCAUUAUCCACUGCUAGUAGCAAUUGUAACUAAUACAGUGUAAAUGUCUGGCUAUCCCCAGCAGAUGUCUAGAGAAGGGGAAUUCAACUCUAUUUCAGGUUGUACUGUCCACCAUAAACUUCUAUAGAUCUGAGUCUCUUUACACUGCUCUCGCCAUAUAAAGGGACCUUAAAGGGGGGAGGGAGAGCAAAUCAACAUAGUGCCUUAGUGUGGAGAUGAGAAUCAAACCCUACAGAUCUCUCCCUUCACUGCUGUCCCAGUGAAUGCAUGCACAGUAUGUGCCCUAAUUGUUUGUUGGCCACAAAGUCAAGCUGCUGAUUCAGAAAGAGAAGAAAAUGCAGCAGUGGUUCUAAGAGAUGCUCCCGUUUCUUCACAAUGUUCUGCAAUAUUAGAACAAAAUCCCCAUACCACCUUGUGAAAAAAGAAGAAACAAAUGUUUCAGCAUCUUGAUAAGCUUCCGUGAGUCACACUGAAUAAAAUGAAGGAAUCUGAAGAGAACUUAAUGAGGAAUGUGCAGGGAACAUGUCUGGCUCUCCAUGUAACUAGCUUGGAGAUGGUAAUGAAAAAUAAAACCAAUGCCAUUUGUUUGAGAAAUAAAAAAGUGUUUUGAAAAGAAGUGAGAUUACAAAUGCAACUAGAGAGUGACUUGCUGCUUAGAGCCAAGUUUAACAUCAUCAGAAGUGGAUCAUCAGAACAGUGACUUAUGUUUCCCCCCUCCCCCAGGGCUGGCACCCAUAUUGGGAUAUGCCAUGUUUGUAAUCUUCUACUAUACUGGGAGCCCUCCAAAGCAGAAGUGACAUGGAAAGAAUCCCAGAGUUUCCAUCUGUUGAAUUCCCAAAUGACAGUAACUUGAUGCCGAAUGCAGAGGAUACACUCCAAUUUAUUACUGGUGUAGCUGAUCAAACUGCCUUAGCUCCUAGUCAUGCAUUAUUAAUUGUGCUCAGAGAAAGAGAGAAAUUGACGAUAACUGGAAAGGGGAUUCAGUGGAUUUGAAAGGGGAAAAGGUCCAAUUCAUCUUUGUUAAAACCAGACUCAUCAUAACCUGUGAGAAAGACGGGUUGAUGGCUGGAAUUGAAAGGACAGUAGAGCACCUUUCAAGGACAAAGACGCUACCAGUGAGGCUGAGUUCCUUAGGACAAUAAGAAAGACCGUUUACAAUCAUUUGUAAGAGCUGCCUAGAAGAUGGAUGGGGGAGGGAUGUGUGCAGAGGAAUCAACAGUAAAAUAUAAAGUACUUAGAGUGUUUGCUUCCGCUGAGUAUCUGGGCACAGGAAUACUUUGUAAUUGUGUGAGUUGCCACAGUGCCAAAUCCUGUACAGAUUGUGAAACCCCAUAUGCAGCAUGAGCCAGCUGCAUGCCCAACCAGCUGAUCCUGGGGCAGGUUUGCCUGCCACUCAAAGAUGGCGGAGUACUUGCGGGUGCUGAAGCAGGCGCUGCAGCAGCUCGGGGGUCAUGGCGGCCUCCGCGGUGCCCUCUGGCAGCUGCUCAGGGUCAACGAUUUGAAGACCGGUGCCCCCGUAGGUGUUGACAAAUAUGGAAACAAAUACUAUGAAGACAAAAAGUAUUUUUUUGGUCAUCCUAGAUCGGUUGACUAUGCGACUGAAAUGAAUGGCAAAAAUACAUUCUGGGAAGUGGAUGGAAGCAUGGUGCCACCGGAAUGGCAUUGUUGGCUUCACUGCAUAACUGAAGACCCUCCAACUACUCAUCCACCAGCUGCUCGUAAAUUCAUUUGGGAGAACCACAAAUUCAAUCUGAGUGGCACUCCUGGGCAAUAUGUCCCUUUCUCUACAACGCGUAAAAAGAUACAGGAGUGGGUCCCACCUACGACUGCUAACAAAUAAUUGAAAAGCCUGACUUGCCUAAAACUAGGUUCUCAAUGUAAACUGGACCUUCAUUGUUUGGUUGGUUUAAAAUAAAAGCCUCUGACAAAA